UCUUCCUGGGCGCGGCGUGGGCGCAGGAGCUCUCGCCGCAGGAGCUCGGCCCAGCGCUCGCGGCGGACGACGCGUGUUCCGCCGACGGCGGCGGGCCCUGCGCCGUGGAGCUGCUGCAGGCUCGUGCCUCGAGGGGCGCCAAGGCGGAGCGGGCGGCCUCCAGCAUGGAGAUGACUCGGGAAGGCGGUGAGCAGCUUCUGCAGCACGACGCAUCUGCCAACGCCACGGUCAACUCAUCGCAGGCGCCAGCAUGCAAGCCCACUAGCGACUUCUGCUGGAGUGACAGUGAGUGCUGCUCCGGGCGCUGCGGGCUAGGAGCAGUGGCGACGCGUCGGUGCGCGUCGGUGCGCUAGGCGCUCUUCUUGCACUUCACUUCAUCCUCCGGCUGCUUCUCCUUUCCUCCUUCCCUUCUCCGUCCCGCUCCGCAUGCUUUAUUGGGGCUUGCGGCGGGACGCACUCGGAAGUGCACUUCAGCUCGCGCUC